AUGACUUCUCAGUCUACUCCUGUUUGUGUAUUUUCAUAUUACGACGUAAUCUUGCUUUGUUCUGCACUGGUGCUUAUAAACUCAAGAAUUAUGACUAUGCAGGUUACAACAACGUUGUCUACUCAUCUUAUUGCCAUGGCCAUUGGGGAUGACAUGGCAGAAAGCUCUGUUUCUUCUUCAAGUCUCAAUUCUGAAGAAAUUGAGGAGAGUGAAUCUGUGUUUUCACCGGAAGAUGUCGCCUGGGCAGACUCCUGCCUGAGUAAAGAUCCCUUAAUGUUCGAAAACAGUUGGAACUCUCUUAAAGAUGCAUUGUUGGAAACUCUUGAAUCCGAGCCUGACUCUUCUGCUAAGGCAAAAGACAAUGUUACCCCUGAAGGAGCCGAGAUAGGGGCUUUUCCAUUUACAUCUAUUGAAGAUUCAGGAAAUACGCAUGAUUCGGAUACAGCAACUAUUAGUACUGCUUCCAGUGAUAAGGUACCGGAACUGAACACCGGGAAUACCGAUGAUUUCUGGUCAAAAAAUGACAUGAAAUAUGUUUUCCUUCCUACAUACAAUGAGAAUUUAAAGGAUCUUGGUAAUUCUAAUCCUGAGGUGAAGUUCAUUUUUAAAGAAUCUGAAUUGGAGGAAUCAACUGAAGACAUUUUCAAGGUAUGGGAUUUAGACAUUCCCCCCUUGGAGGAUGAACUUAUUAAACAAUUGAAUAAAGCCCUAGCAGAAAGUACUUUGGAGCCAGAACCUUCUAUUCCUGACGAUUCUGAACAAUGGAAAUGCUCGAAAGACAAGUCACUUGAUGCUCUCAUUUCCGGGAUUGCUGAUCUGUCUUUGAGCUCGAGUCAGUUUUAG